AUGGUAUUCACAGAGUGGAAACGGCUACCCAUAAGUCUGGGAGAGCUGUGUAUUAACACUACUCUCCGAUGUGGACAGUCAUUCAGAUGGCAUCACAUCCCCGAGAGCGAAGAAUGGCGAUGCGUUCUCUAUGGGCAUCUUCUGUCUCUGAAGCAGGACUCAAACUAUCUCUACUACCGAACCCUAAAGCCGCCACCACGAGGUACCCAUCUUCCAACUCCACCCGCAUCCGAGAUUCCUUCCCGAGCCGAGUCAGACAGUGAUAGCGUUACUGUUUCCCGCAAGACUCAGGAUGACGACCAUAUUUUGCACAUUAUCAAGCAUUAUUUCAACCUUUCCAUCAAUCUGAGUGAUCUGUACUCCCAGUGGUCAUCCCAAGACCCCAAUUUCAAGAAGAAGGCCGCCCAGUUCACUGGGAUCCGAAUCCUACGCCAAAAUGCAUGGGAGGCGCUCGUCUCGUUUAUCUGUAGCAGCAACAACAACAUCGCGCGCAUUUCGCAGAUGGUGGCAAAGCUGUGCACCAAUUACGGUCCAUAUGUUGCAACAGUCGACGAGCAUGCCUAUCACGACUUCCCAGUUCCAGAAGCAUUGGCUGGCAAUGAGGUAGAAGGCAAUCUUCGCACACUAGGGUUUGGAUAUCGGGCAAAAUAUAUCUGGCAGACUGCUUUAAUGGUGAGCGCAGACCGGCCCGAGGGUUGGCUAGAUGGGUUGAGCAACCCCGAGUCGCCUGCAUUUGGCGUGGAGCCUAGACCAGCAGAUGAAAUGCAACCGGAGGGACGCCAGGGAUACCGCGAUGCCCAUGAGAAGCUUCUCGAUUUGCAGGGCGUCGGGCCGAAGGUCGCUGACUGUGUGUCUCUGAUGGGUCUGGGCUGGGGAGAGUCCGUGCCGGUGGAUACGCAUGGUGAGCAUUUCAGCAUUGUUUUGGGAAAGCCGAGGCUAAUUCAUUGGGUAGUCUGGCAAAUUGCGCAGAGAGAUUACCGUUUCGGCAAGGGAUCGAACAAGUCCUUGACCAAGGCGACCUAUGACGCUGUUGGCAACCAUUUCCGCAACCUCUGGGGCAAAGAGGCUGGCUGGGCUCAUAGUGUGCUCUUCACGGCGGACCUGCGAUCCUUUGCGGAUCGGCUCGAGGCCACGAAGAAGGUCAAGGUCGAAGCGAGAGAUGUCAAGAACGAGGACGAGGUGGAGAUCAAGACGGAAGUGGAAACGGCGGUGGCAUUGAAAUUACUGAAAGAAGAAGGGGAAGCCCAGGUGAAAGUCGAGGACGCAGAGGGGGGCACGGAGAAGAACAGCAAGAAACGAAAGAAGCCCAAUGCCAUCGUCCAUGCUUCUCAGACUACAGAGACGAGGAGAGUGUCGAAACGACUACGCAGUGGCUGA